GAGGCGUCAGUAUUAAACCGUAUUUCCACAGAAUAACUGACUUUGUUAAACCAGAAAUUGCUUCAGUUGACUGGCCUUCCCCUGCUCGCUGCUGGGGUGAAAAACCCUUCGUCUUAACCACCUCGGAGUGUCUGCUGCAAAAUUAAUUGCUGAACACAGAGAUGUUGAAAACGAUAAGGAUUUUAAGAGUAGGAUGGAGCAAGGCACAAUAUGCUGCAUGUUUCAACACUUUCCUUCAACCCAGGCGAUCUAGCAGGAAUUCAGCCAGGCAGCAAUCGACACAGAAUGUAUUUUCUUCAGUGUGGAAGGACAUCGAAUUGCCGAACUGCACAUUGCCCGAAUUAGUCUUUGAAAAGGCACCAAACUGGGCCGAUAAAGUUGCCAUUGAAUGUGGGGUCUCGGGUAAAUCUUAUACGUAUGAACAAUUGAUAUUAUACAGUAAAAGGUUGGCUUGUUCAUUGUUAAAAUGUGGAUUAAAACCAUCUCAGACAGUCACUCUCUUUAUGCCAAAUAUGCCAGAAUUUCCAGUUUGCUUUCUAGGAAUAUUAGAAGCAGGUCUUACGUUGACAGCUAUCAAUCCAACAUACCGUGCUGAGGAGAUUGUCAAUCAGAUGAAUGAUUCAAGCUCGAGAUUUAUCAUUGUGCAUUACAAUAUGCUUGAAGUCAUUCUUCAAGUGAAAAAUCAUUUUAAAAACCACCUUGAUAUUAUAUGUGUAAAUGAUUUUGACGGGAAAACGAGAGAACUUCCAUCUGGAGUCAGGCCUUUCAGUGAUUUAAUCCAAAACAAUAUAGAUGUUUCCAAACUAGAUAAACAAAAACAUAAAAUAGACAUUAACGAGUCAAUAGCAUUCCUACCUUACUCCAGUGGUACAACUGGACUUCCAAAAGGUGUUUGUUUGUCACACCAAAAUCUAACAAGUAACGUUGCUCAAAUGUGUAUCAAGGAAAUAAAUACAAUUCAAGAGACAACAAAAACCCAUCAAGACACAAUAAUUGGAGUUUUACCAUUUUUCCACAUCUAUGGCACACAAGUUGUACUAGUAAGAUCACUAAGGGAGGGUUCUAAAAUUGUUACACUACCAAAAUUUGACCCUAAGCAAUUUGUCAACAUUUUAGAAAAUAACAAGAACAUUGUUCUUUACGCUGUACCCCCUAUUAUACUAUUCAUGGCUUCACAUCCUUCUGUCACAAGUAAAACAUUGGAGAAUCUGCGGUUUACGGGGUCAGGAGGUGCCCCUUGUGGAAGCACAGAUAUCGAAAGAUUGCUUACAAAACGGGAUCACCAAAUUGUUCAAGCAUACGGAAUGACAGAAGCAUCUCCAGUUUUGACACAUUCUGUACCAGACUCCCCGUGUAAAGCAUCAGUCGGUUAUUGUGUAUCAAACACUUUUGUUAAAAUAGUCGACAUCGAAACAGGAAAAACGCUUGGACCAAGAGAAACUGGAGAGUUAUGUUUUAAAGGACCACAGAUCAUGAAAGGAUAUUUAAACAAACCAGAAGCCACAGCAGAAACAAUUGAUAAAGACGGUUGGCUUCAUACAGGAGAUUUGGGAUAUGUUGAUGAAAAAGGUUGUUGCUUUAUAGUCGACAGGAAAAAGGAGUUGAUUAAAGUUAAAGGUUUUCAGGUUCCUCCUGCUGAACUAGAAGCGGUUUUGCGACAGCAUCCUUCAUUGUGUGAUGCAGGUGUUGUAGGUCAUCCAUGUUCAAAAGCUGGAGAAGUGCCUGUAGCUUUUGUAGUGGUGAAACAAGGAGUCGAGCGGCCUAAAGAAGAUGCCAUUAAAAAUUUUGUGGCAGAUAAAGUUGCUCCUUACAAGCAAAUUAAACAUAUAAUCUUCACUGAAGUAAUACCAAAAAAUGCCUCUGGCAAAAUCUUAAGGAAGCAGCUGAAAGAACUGAUCAAAACAGAGCUAAAAAAAGAAGAAAAUUAAAUGUCACAUGCACUGAAAUUAGUUUUGAAUAUUAGUUAGAAGUAACAUCAAAAGUCACAUCCAAUUUUAUAUAAUAAUAUUGAGUCGUCUGUUUAAAACAAAAAAAAGCACAAAUUACACUUUCCAAAACAUUUUGUCCAACUUGUAAAAGUUUAAAACAUCAUUGCUAAACAAGUGUAUAUUGUAAUUUGGUCAUUACCGAUCAUUUUAGUCUGGUGUAAAAAUCUGUUUUGUUAGGUCUGGAUGACACAGUGAGGAUAGGCAGACCAAAAUGACUAGUAUCAACCAAAUUACACUUUUAUCUACUCACAAAAUCUCCAGGAAAAUUUCACAUAUNAUAGAUAGAU